GGCCUAGGAUCCGAGCGGCCUGCAAACUGCAGAGAGCUCUAAUUCUCUCCCCGCCUCUCAGCUGAUUGGCAGGUGGGCGGGGCUUCCAGAGAGGCCUCCGUGUAGGCCUCCCUGAAGCCUGAACUUGGCAUUCCCCCGCAAGCCAGGAAGGAGUCAGGAAGAGUUCUCUGCAGCAGACUCUCUGCCCAGACCAUCCAACACAGCUUUUGCAAGGUUGAAGACACUGGCUUGAUUAAUCACCCACCAUGGACACUGAAAGUUAUUCAGCUGUUUGAAACACAGAGAGUGAGGCAUGGCAUGAUGGCUCUAGGUCCUAGUGGGGCAGGAAAAACAACGUGCAUCCACACCCUUAUGAAAGCUAUGACAGACUGUGGGCAGCCCCACCGUGAAAUGAGAAUGAAUCCCAAGGCCAUCACCGCACCUCAGAUGUUUGGACGCCUUGACGUCGCAAUCAAUGAUUGGACAGAUGGGAUUUUCUCUACUCUUUGGAGGAAAACAUUGAGAGCUAAGAAAGGAGAACACAUCUGGAUAGUUCUUGAUGGUCCUGUUGAUGCAAUUUGGAUUGAGAACCUGAAUUCAGUGCUGGAUGAUAACAAAACAUUAACACUAGCUAAUGGUGAAUCGAAUCCCUAUGGCACCAAACUGUAAAAUUGUUUUUGAGCCUCAUAAUAUUGACAAUGCCUCUCCAGCUACUGUAUCAAGAAAUGGCAUGGUGUUUAUGAGUUCCUCGGCUCUCAGUUGGAGCCCUGUUCUUGAGGGCUUUUUGAAGAAGCGUUCUCCACAGGAAGCUGAGAUUUUGCGUCAGUUGUAUACGGCAUCUUUCCCAGAUUUGUACUGCUACAGCAUCCAGUCUUUGGAGGCAAAGAUGAAGAUGCUGGAGGCCUUUGUGAUAAUGCAGAGCAUUAAUAUACUGCAGGGCCUGAUCCCUUGUAAGGAGCAGGGAGGAGAAAUAACAGCAGUGUACUUGGAAAGACUGUACGUCUUCUCCCUGAUGUGGAGUGUUGGAGCAGUGAUGGAAUUAGAAGACCGCUGCAAGAUGGAACAUUGGCUUCGUCAUCAUGACACUAUAAAACUUGAUCUUCCUAAUAUUACAGAAGCAUGUGAAGAUACUAUGUUUGACUACUAUGUUACCAAUGAUGGCAAAUGGAUGCACUGGAAUACCUGCGUUGAAGAAUAUGUGUGUCCUGCCAACAGCACUCUGGAGUAUGGAUCCAUCUUGGUACCAAAUGUUGACAAUGUGAGAACUGACUUCCUUAUCCAAACUAUGGCAAAGCAAUGCAAGGCAGUGCUGCCAAUUGGUGAACAGGGGACUGAUAGAACUGUCAUCAUCAAAGGGCAUAUGUCAAAAUAUAAUCCUGAAAGCCACAUGGCCAAGAGUCUGAACUUUUCAUUGGCAACAACCCCUUUCAUGUUUCAGCGCACAAUAGAGGGUUACGUGGAUAAGCGCAUGGGCACAACAUAUGGCCCACCUGCAGGAAAGGAAAUGACAGUAUUUACUGAUGAUGUGAAUAUGCCUAUAAUCAAUGAAUGGCGAGACCAGUGCACAAUAGAAAGUUACGUGGAUAAGCGCAUGGGCACAACAUAUGGCCCACCUGCAGGAAAGGAAAUGACAGCAUUAACUGAAGAUGUGAAUAUGCCUAUGAUCAAUGAAUGGGGAGACCAGUGCACAAUAGAAAGUUACGUGGAUAAGCGCAUGGGCACAACAUAUGGCCCACCUGCAGGAAAGGAAAUGACAGUAUUUACUGAAGAUGUGAAUAUGCCUAUGAUCAAUGAAUGGGGAGACCAGUGCACAAUAGAAAGUCAUGUGGAUAAGCGCAUGGGCACAACAUAUGGCCCACCUGCAGGAAAGGAAAUGACAGUAUUUACUGAUGAUGUGAAUAUGCCUAUGAUCAAUGAAUGGGGAAACCAGUAGGUUGGCCGCACUUGAGGAGGGGCUAAGCCCUGCCGGACCGGGCCCUGCUACACCAGCGUUACCGCCUCCUGCACCUGAGGUCCCAGCGCUGGAGCAGCCUUCACCAUUGCUACCUCCGCCUGCAGCACCGGCUGGCCAGCUGCCAACGGAUCCGGCUAAUCCUUUGCCCCCGGGUGAGCCAGUUGCACCUACACCACCUGGCGGCACCGGCCAGUGGCCUUCCUUUCCCUGGCCGAUGCCUGCCAUGGGUGGAUGGGGCCCAGCUUCCUACUGGCCCCCAUAUACACAAUCUUGGGGUGUGGGUUCCCCGCUGGUUUUUCCCAGGGUUAUGUCAGGCUUACAAGGUGCUGCGGAGCAGGUUUGGUCAGGUAAUUGGCCUCCCGGUGGGUCGCUCCCGCCCCCAGGGGUGGCUCCUGCUUCAGUUACCACUAUGGGGUCCCAACCAGGUUUUUACCCAAUGGGUAUUGUGCCGUCUCCACAACAUGCGCCCUAUGGGGGUAUGGGGCUCCCGCUAGGCGAUCACUUGCUCCCUUCUACGAAGGAAAAAAUUCUGAAGGGGGAAUAUGUAGACAUAUUUAGUUUAUUGUUUAGGGAACCCGAGGUUAAGCACAAGGAGGGGGAAUCCUGUAAGGAGCAUGAAGCCACCAAGAGGAAACCAGUUGAGAAAACUUGGAACAACUGGCUUUCCGGCUUCACGAUUUAUAUGGGGGUUAUUGUUCAGGCCCAACCUGCAAGGGGUCCUGCCCUUCUUAAAUACAUGGACAUUAUUCACAGGGCGGUCUCCGACUUUUCCGGAUCUUCCUGGGUGCGAUAUGAUGAGAGUUUUAGAAUGCGGGCAGCUUUGGAUCCCACCUUACCCUGGGAUGCUCCUUUGCAGGAGCUAUGGCUGGUUACUAUGUCUCCAGCCCGGCCGAUAGAGGGAGACAGGUCGGACAGUGGGCAUUUGCUUUCUAAACCGUCCGGGGUUCCACCUGCGGGGGGUACGGGGCAACAGUGGGUUCAACCCCACCUUGUUUGCUGGGAAUUCAACACCAAUGGCAGGUGCUCCCGUUCCCCCUGUCGGUUUAAACAUGCCUGUGGUGUCUGCGGGGCACGUCACCCAAGUUCCUCCUGUCCUAGGGCCAAGUUCGGGGGCUCCGGGGGCAAGUUUAGACAAGGGAACAACAAAAAGGGUGCCCCUCCCCCACCCCCUUCGAAUAAAGGGUCCUAGCCCCGUCAGGUUAAGGGUGCUGCAACGGUUGUUGUUGGAUUAUCCAGACCAUUCAGCGGCUUUGUAUUUGUUGAGUGGCUUCCGGGAUGGGUUUCGGAUUCCCUCUUCGGCGCGUAGGGGUUUAAGUAAUUCCCGCAACCUAAGAUCGGUGGUGGGCAAGGAGGAGAUUGUACUUAGGAAGAUUAGAAAGGAAGUGGCCACGGGCCGGGUGAUGGGGCCUUUUGCUAGCCCCCCCUUCCCGGGCCUUAGGGUUUCGCCGUUAGGGGUGGUUCCUAAAAAGGUCCCUGGUGAAUUCAGGUUGAUUCAUCAUCUUUCCCAUCCCAGGGGGUCAUCGGUAAAUGAUGGCAUCCCUGAUAGCCUAUGUUCUGUACGUUACACCUCAUUUGACGAGGCCGUAAAGGUGGUUAGGAGCAGGGGCCCAGGGGCCCUCUUAGCGAAAUGCGAUAUUGAGUCCGCUUUUCGCCUGUUGCCAGUGCAUCCGGAUGACUUCGAGUUGCUGGGUUUUACUUUUGCAGGUAAUUUUUAUUUUGAUCGGGCUUUGCCUAUGGGCUGCUCGAUUUCCUGCGCGGCAUUUGAAGCAUUUAGCUCCUUCUUGGAAUGGGCAGUCAGGCGUCUAGCGGGCCUCUCCUACACGGCUCAUUAUUUAGACGAUUUUCUUUUUGUAGGCAGAGGGAAUUCUGGGGAGUGUCACCAUUUACUGCGCUCCUUCAUGGAGCUGACGGACCAGCUGGGUGUGCCCUUAGCACAGGACAAGACGGAAGGGCCGGUCACAUGCCUUUCCUUUUUAGGAAUUGAGCUGGACACCAUUGCUGGUUGCUCCAGGCUGCCUCAGGCCAAGCUGUUUGUCCUCUUGGACAUGGUUCGGUCCCUGGGUCGAGCCCGUAAGGUCUCCCUGAGGGAGCUGCAAGUGGUUUUAGGUCACCUCAACUUUGCUUGCAAGGUGGUGGCUCCGGGCCGGGCCUUUUUGCGCCGGCUGUGUGACUUGACGGUGGGUGUUCGGGCUCCCCAUCAUAGAGUGCGGAUUACGGAGGGCGUUCGUGCUGACCUUGCCCUCUGGGAAGCAUUUCUUACUGACUUCAAUGGGGUCGCGUUUUGGCGACAGGAUAGACUACUUGAAACCGACCUACAGGUCCACUCUGAUGCGGCAGGUGGAAUUGGGUUCGGGGUUUAUUUUAGGGGACGUUGGUGUUCCGCUAGGUGGCCUAUGGAAUGGGUUAGGCGUGGGAUUGCUCGUGAUUUGACCUUUUUAGAACUUUUCCCAAUUGUGGUGGCCAUGCAUAUUUGGUCAGCUGAGUUUGCCAAUUCUUCAGUUUUGUUCUGGUGUGACAACCUGGCGGUGGUCCAGAUUGUCAAUACCCAGACCUCCCAGUCACCGAGGGUCAUGGGCUUAGUUAGGGCUUUGGUUUUACAGUGUCUGCGGGCUAACAUCCUUUUUCGCUCCCGCCAUGUCCUGGGUAUACGGAACGACAUAGCUGACGCUCUGUCUCGUUUUCAGUUAAACAGGUUCAGAGAGUUAGCACCCGAGGAUGCCCUACUCCCGGAAUCCAUGCCGGCCUUUCUUUGGGAACUUGGCGGGCGGAAGCACAGCAGGCCAUAGCGGCAUCUCUGGCGCCUAGCACCAGAGCGAGCUACGCAGCCAAGCUGGAGGCUUUCUCGCUUUUUCGGGAGUCUGAAGGUUUGGUGGAUGUUUGGCCUGUCCCUGUAGAACACAUCCAGCAGUUUCUGGUUUUCCUUCAUAGGGCGGGGCGUGCGGUGUCCACCCUGGGGGGCUAUUUAGCCGCGCUAGCCUUUGAAGCCCAGGUUCGGGGGGUUGGUGACUCAUCCGCCGACCCUCGGGUGCGGCGUAUGUUAGAGGGUUGGACCAGGGCGGAACCCAGGCCCAGGGAUUCCAGGCGCCCUUUUACUUUGGAUCUGGUGGCUCCCACAUUGGACCGCCUGGUGGGGUGCUGCUCGGGGCCAUGGGAGGUGUCGUUGUUUAGGGCUGCGGUCUUAGUUGCCUUCUUUGGGGCCUUUCGCCCAAGCGAGCUGCUCCCCCGCAGUGGGUCCUCCCCCCGGGUCCGCUGCUUGCAAUAUUCCGAUUUAACAUUCGGUGAAGGGGAAGCCCGCUUGUUCCUUCGUCGCUCUAAGACGGAUCAGAGGGGCAGGGGCCAGACAGUUCGCCUUGUAGCGGCCAGGGAGGUGAGUGUGUGCCCCGUAGCGGCCUUGAGGCAUUACGUUGGGUUAGCCCCUUUUGCAGGGAGCUGUCUUUUUAGUCAUAGUGAUCAGACUCCUCUUACGCAGUAUCAGUUUCUGGCGGUUUUGAGGAGGGCUCUGAGGGCUGCGGGGGUUCCCCUCCAGGGAUUGACGUUGCAUUCAUUUCGUAUCGGUGCAGCCACCACCGCUACGAAUAUUGGGCUGCAUGAGUCUGCCGUCCAGAGGAUUGGAAGAUGGAGGUCCGUGGCGGUCAGGCGUUACGUGCGCUGACAGCGGGCGGUUGUUUUAUGUACUGUUGACUUUUUAUAUUUUUCUUGACAGGUGCUGGUGGGGCGGCGGUCCCGGUCCGAGUCCUGAUGUGUGGCCAUUCCUUGGUCUUUUGGGCUUUCAAGCGGGCCAGCACCUCCCGCUGGGGAUCCCAGCUGGGUUUUGGACGCAAAGCUUCAGUUUACUGGUUGGGCAUGAGGGGCAUGCUCUGGAAUCAGUUGCUUCCAGCGUUAAGGGAUCAUUUAGACAGGUUUCCUUCUCCUGACAUUCUUGUUCUUCAUCUUGGGGAGAAUGAUCUGGGCCGGCGGCCUGGUCUCGCCAUCUUUCAGCAAGCCUCAUCGGAUUUGGCUAUUUUGCGCAGGUGGAUGCCUGGUGUAUACGUGAUUUGGAUUAAUUGGCUCCAACGCAGAGUUUGGCGUGGUGCUCGCUCUGGUCUUAGUCUAGAGCGGGCACGCAGAAAAAUUUCAGCUGCAAUAGGCAGACUGGUGAUGGCAGCUGGGGGGUCGGUGGUUCGGCAGCCGGAUUUGGCUGCUCGCUUCCCCGAGCUCUUUCGCCCUGACGGGGUGCAUCUUUCCGAAAAAGGUUGUGAUUUAUAUUUACACAAUAUCCGUGAGGCUCUUGCUGAAAGUUUAGGCAAAUGUGGGGCAGGAAGGUCAAGCGAUGGCUAACCUUCCUGGGUGGCAGGAACAGUGCGGGCUGUGGGGUAAGGAGGUAUAGAUUUAGGUGAGCACCCUUGGGCAUUUUUUAGGUGGAUUGGUCAAUCGCUUCCUUGUGGCCUGUGUGGCACGGGAAGACUUUGAUUGCCAAGAAACCUGCUUCAGGGCUUCACCAACCUUUGGGCUGUGCGGUCCGGGGCGGUAAAGAUCCGAAGCUGUUCAGAUCCCCUCUUUAAAAGGGGGGGUUGGCUUUGAAGGAAUUGGGCAGGAGCUGCCUGCCUCUUUCCUGAGCCAGGGUGUGUCGCCCUUGCGGGCAAUGGGUAGGACGUUUUGAAUCCUAGCCCAUGCCUAGGUGCCCGCACUGUUUAAGUUGGUGAUUAAUCACCUUGUUUCAGGCCGCCAUGCCUGUUGUUGUUAAAUAUUAAUAAAGCGUGGCCCGUUUCUCCCAUUAAAAAAAAUGUCUCUGUGUCUUCUUGGGCCGGGGUCUGGGUACAAAGAGCAAAGUCCAGAAAAUAGAUCCCAAAGUCAAUGGGGAACAUGCAAGUGUAUCAUUUUUGUGGGGAAAUUGAGUGGGAAACAGUAACUGAUAUCCUGAUUAAUGCAGCAUGGGUGUAAUAUAUAUGUUUUCUUCUUCUUCUUCUUCUUCUUCUUCUUCUUCUUCUUCUUCUUCUUCUUCUUCCGCCUCCUCCUCCGCCUCCUCCUCCUCCUCCUCCUCCUCCUCCUCCUCGUGUCUUCUAGUUUAUUCUGCCUGUGGUGACCAAACAAUGAAAAUAGGGGAGGUGAUGCAUGAAUUCUUCUGGAUGAAAACGGGACUAAGAGACUAACUAGCUGGGACCUUAGUCUUUCCCUCCUAAUGAGCCCUUCCAUGGCUGCCAUUUUGUUCUGAGAGAGAAGCCUCUCCCAGAUGCCAAUGAUCCCAGCCUCCAUUUUGAGGCAAAUGAUAGCUGUAGGAGUUCCUAGUCUGGGUGGCAACAACAGUGAGGGUACAAAGUUAAAGCCUUCCUCCAUCCUUGCUAGGGUUCGGAUCCUGAACAUUCCCCACAGCUGUUACCAUUUUGAAAAACAACAACAGGGCCAGAUAUUGUGAUUUAAUGUUAUGUCUAGAUUGGUCCUCAUUACGUCAAACUAGAGUGGCAAACUAUAGAUUAAUCCACAAACUGGCUGUGAUGUCAAUGUCUUUCUAUUUAAAUGUUUUUAAAAACUCAACUGGGGUGGUGAUCAGCAAAUAUGGGUGUGAAUUGCAGCUUCCUUCCAGGGACAAAGAGCAACUUUGGAGGUCUGAUCUGGAAUUUUUCACCCACUGGCGAGAAGCAGAGAACUACAUGCAAGUUCUGACGAACUCGGGUCAUGAAAUAAUUAUACAAGUUCUCAUUGGUUGGAGGCCGCCGUGGAUAUUCCUUCUUCAUAACAGAUAUGAGAUCACCAGUGAUUUCAUCUAUUUCAUCAUGCGCAAACAAGUUGGAAACCUUUGGAGGGAAAAUCCAAUUUUAAAAAUGCAAUUGAUGUAUUCUAUGACCUGUCAGAUUAAAGAACUCAGUUAAUUUGUCAUCUGCUUUUUAACUACUGACUAAAUUGAUCAGUUAAGUAAGAAUUCUGUUACAAAAAUUUCCACAGAGGCACUUUUACAGUUAUUGGAGAUUAUAAAACCUUGUUAUCACUCCUAGUUAGGAGGCAACUUUUCUUUUCCCUUCUCUAUUCCAUGUGUACACUACAACCAAGAUGUUCUCAGAAAAUAAAGUGCUUCAAACAAGCAGCCCUACCAAGUAUUAUUUACUCAGAAAUCACCUCUUUGAAUCACAAAUAUUUUAGAAACCACUUGGAGGAUAGCCUUUCACUUGGUAGACCACUGUUAAUUGAAGAUGUUGGUGAAGAGCUGGAUCCAGCUUUGGAUAAUGUGCUGGAAAAAAACUUCAUCAAAACAGGUUCAACAUACAAGGUAAAAGUUGGGGAUAAAGAAGUGGAUGUAAUGAGUGGCUUCAGACUUUAUAUUACCACCAAGCUUCCAAAUCCUGCAUAUACCCCUGAGAUUGGUGCGAGCACUUCUAUCAUUGAUUUUACUGUCACCAUGAAGGGUCUAGAAGAUCAGCUCCUAGUCAUUUCAGUCAUUGUGACUGAAAAACAGGGAGAUACACUGCACAGUGGACUUGAGCAAUGCUCCACCAUUCAAUGUUUUAGAUUGUUUUAGAAACAAUCUAAAUCUCAUAGAGAUGCUGAUCGAUGCUCCUACUGUCAGUGAAUGGAACCUUCAAGGACUGCCAAAUGAUGAUCUAACCAUACAGAAUGGCAUAAUUGUCACAAAAGCAGCUCGUUACCCUUUGCUGAUUGAUCCACAGACACAGGGCAAGAUCUGGAUUAAAACCAAGGAAACCAGGAAUGAAUUGCAGGGAGAUACACUGCACAGUGGACUUGAGCAAUGCUCCACCAUUCCUUGUGUGCCACCCAGGGGAGAAACCGUGCACGUAUUCCCCGUGCUGGAAGAGCUUCAGCCAGAAGCCAGGAACAUCACUGGAGAGUGUGUGUAGGAAAAGCUUCAACCAGAGGCAGCACUGCAUUAAAAAACGGAAUGACCUCUAAAUUCAGUGCUGGACAUUUUAAUUUUGGAUGAGGUCCCUAAAUAACUGACUUUCACCACUCCUCUGUGUCUUCAUUCUGGAUGCCAUUCAGCUCAUGAUGAAUUAUGCUUGGAGCUGCAUCUGUAGCCCAUAUGUGGGCUACAGCGGGGAAUAUAGCAAAGGUCUACAUGUUCAAAAGCAUUGUUUAUUCUCACAAUAUA